UCUCGGGAUUCCUUGAUGGGCCUCCACUACUUUCCAGCAUCAGAAGCUGAGAACUUAGAAAAACCUGCACACCAAGAUCCUGGCUGCUUCACCAUUGUCUACCAGGAUGAAAUUGGAGGCCUUCAAGUGCACAAAGAUGGCCAGUGGAUCCUUAUAGCGCCUUCCAAAGACAAACUAGUUGUUAACAUUGGCGAUGUUAUUCAGGUGCUAAGCAACAAUAAAUUCAAGAGUGCAACUCACAGGGUGGUGAGACCAAGAGAAAUAAACCGUUACUCGUACGCAUACUUCUAUAACGUGCAAGGGAAUAAGUGGGUUGAGCCAUUGCCGCAGUUCACAAAGGAAAUUGGAGAGUCGCCCAAGUACAGAGGAUUUGUCUUCGAAGAAUAUGCAUGGUUGAGACACAGAAACAGGACUCAUCCACCGCCUAGACUCAAGAUCUCAUCCAUAUAACCCACUACUCAAUUUCUAAUUAGAGGAGAAUUGAAGUCUAUCUGACCAAGGAUUUUUUUUCUCUAUGUGGAAAGAAACAUAGAAAUAAUAUGUAUCACAUCACUCCUAACAUGUACGUUAAAGCGUGUGACUGGUUUAAACUAUUAGAGAGUACACAAUUUUUUUUCUUAAUUAUGUCUUCAAUACAUCUCUCAUUGUACAAGCUUGAUUCUUUGAAGAGGAAUCCUCAAUUUAUA